GCGGGGCGUAGGCCGAGCUGCCUAGUUCAUUGGUGGAAUUUGGACCCCUCGUUUUCUCGUUACCGCCACGUUGGCGCUGCUUAGAGCCCGGCUGCAGUUAGCUCGGCUGUCUGUGCGCGUGUCCCGGGAAACCAUCGGGUUGGAAGGAUUUUUUAAAAAUGUAGGAGGAAAGCCAAAAGCUGAAGAUAGCCCGAUAUUACCGGUCUUCUUAGCUCUUCCAUGGCCAGAUUUUAGUUUGGAAGAAUUUGAGGUUAUUGAGGGCAACGGCGGGUGGCAGAAAUCAGACUCGGUGGAAAUCUAAGUUGGCUCCAGUUGAAACAGCUUGAACGGGGUCCCUGCGACUCACCUUCUGCACCAGUUACGAGAGCGAUGACGUCUGGGUGUUACGAGGUUCUCGAAGUGAGUGGGUAGAAAUGGCAAGACCCAGAGUUCCCAUCUUUCCUAGUAAUAGGUGCUCAGAGUUCAACAAGAUCUUGAGAAAUCAUACAAUUAAUAAUACUCCUGGAGACAAAGCCGCAGAGAUUCCAUCUCUGGCAGAUGAGAACUAAUGCUGUCUCUAACAGUCUCUUGUGAAACAGGCCCUGCUUCUCUCUGUCUGCACUCUGCCUUGACCUACCCAUGGGACCUAUUUAGGGACGGGCCUUGGAUAUUCUGAAGCGCCUUUACAUGGAGCACAAAGAUGAUGAUGAUGAUGAUGAUGAUGUGUCUUUUGCCAAAUGGAUGAGCAGCUUCUGGGGUCACAGCUGGAUAGAGGAGGAUGAGCGAGGACUCCGGGACCGCCGUGGAUCACAAGACGCCAGUUACAGGAAAAGCUCCCUGCCCUGCCCAUUUCCUGUACUUCCCAGAAUGAUGUCAUCUGCCAGCCAUCCUAGAAGGUAUUCUUAUGAGGACCAGGGAUUUCGAUGCCACACUCAUGUGCGGGAUCACAGAAAGUGCUCAGGGGAUGGGUCAUUCAAGGAGCCAUUAAUGGAAUCAAAAGGAAGAUCCCAUUCCAAAAUUCAGUCAUUUUCACACUCCUUUGAACAGCAACUGUGCUUUAGAACCAAACGUUCCGUCUCUUUGGGACCUGAGAGCAGAAAGGAGAGAAAUGAGAGAGAACGCCGGUUUCUGGAAGUGAGGUCUUGCAAGAAAGUGGAGGAAAAAAGGAGCUCUAGGAAGGAAGAGCGUGGAGAAGCGUACCUGCCCACCUUGUCUGAAAAAGCGCUCAAAUAACCCUUUGCUUCCACACCACAACUACCGACGCUGCUGUGUUUUUUGAGCCCCAAUUCACCAGACCCAGGAACGGUACCUGUAAGAGGGUCUGCAGAUGCUGAGUGACUCAGGUGGGUGGUUGAUUCAGCUGCUCCCCAAGACAGCUUGCUUCAUACCCCACCUGCUUUUCAGAGUAUGAUCUGUUCUGUUGGCCUUUUAGGGGAAUAGAAAGAAUAAAAGGUAUUUUAAUAGAAUAAAAUUAUUCUUGAAAAUGUAAAGAGAGAUAUUUAAAGAGCCACCCACACAUCUUCACCAACCCUUCUUCCACAUCAGCCUCACAAAUAAUCUUAAAUAAAAGUCAUUGGUGUGACUCGAACUCCUUACUAGAAGUUAUUAAAUAAGUAUGUCUAAUGGCCAUUAUUUAAUGAGAACUGGUAAUUAAAGGUGCCAGGUACUAUGCGGAGAGUUUGAAAGCAUGACCUGAAAUAGUCCUCACCACUCCCAAGGUGGGGUGUAGUCUUUUCACUUGUUGGCAGAGGAAACUGGAGUUUAGGAAAGUUCUGUCUUUCACUGCUGAGGUGGUAAUCAGAGUUAGGGCCAGAGCUCAGCUCAUUCUGACUCAUGUUCCUAACCUGAGGCAGGACAUCUUUUUCCCUUUGGCAGAGGGUCCUGACUUAGUCUGUGUGUGAUUUGCUUGUAAAUGGGUAGAGGUGAAUGAGAAAAGCAGGACUUGGAAAUGGGUUAUAGUUUUGAUGAUGAGAACUUUUAAGAUUUACUCUCUUAGCAACUUUCAAAUAUACAAUACAGUAUUGUUGACUAUCGUCACCUUGCUGUACAUUACACCUCAUGACUUAUUUGAAACAUAUGGAAUGCUUCGCACAGAUCUGCACGUCACCCUUACACACGCGCUGUGCUAAUCUUCUGUGUGUCCAGAGAAGUUCCAAUGUUACUGUAUGUGCUGUUGAAGCAGGGACUUUUUAUUCUUUUUCCAGCUUUAUUGAAGUAUAAUUGAUGAAUAAAUUUGUAUAUAUUUAAAUUGUUCAGCA